AUGGGCAAGCACUACUGCGACUACUGCGAUGUUUUUCUGACGCAUGACUCGGUCUCGGUGCGAAAAGCACACAACAGCGGACGUAAUCACCUGCAGAACGUCCGCGAGUAUUACCAGACGCUUGACCCGGAACAGAUUCAGCAAGUGCUGGACACUUUGGUGCACGAGUACGAUCGACGAGGGAUUGAAAAGCCCAGAGAUCUGCUCCAACCAGCAGGCUCUUCCUUCAUGACGUUUGGGUCCGGUCCACUGAGCGGCACUUCAGAUCGAGCUUUUCGAUCACAAGGUCCGUCAUCUAGAAUGCCUGUGGGCGGACCACCAGGAGCUGGUGGCAGCAGUGGAGGAUCUGAUCGAAGCGGCGGUCCCAGAAGUGGUCCUGGUGGAUAUGGUCGAUACGGCAACAAUGACAGCUCUUCACGAGAUCACGGUGCACCACCAAACUACAAUCGUCCUCCGCCUCAAAAUGGCGCUUACUCUCGACCUCCUCCUAACUUGAUGAGUGGUGGGCCACCCAACGGCAACAAUGGCUCGUAUCCACCAAGAGGUCCGCCUCCUGGCUAUGGACCACCCCCGCCUUCGUCGUAUUCGUCCGGGCCGCCGCCCCAUAUGCGUGGACCACCACCCCAACUUGCUCCGAACGGCUCGUACCCGCCGCCGCAGCCACGUUCGAGUUACGGAUCAAGAUGA